AUGCUGCGCGCGCGUCGCCAUCGCGCCUCGAUCACUCGCCAACAACAUCGAAAGGGAUUUGCUUCCAGCAGCGGCACUGGUCACGACAGCGACAUUAGAGGAUUGCGAGCCGCGAUUGAGGAGCUGGAGCGCUGCGAUCGUGUGCGCUGCGACGAGGUCUACGCUCGCCUCCUCCGGCAGUGCGCGGAUUUGAGGGCGCUGCCCGAGACGCGGCGGAUCGACGCGCACAUCUCCGCCUCGGCAGAGUUCCAUGGGAAUCGAUUCCUAGGAAAUCUCCUCGUCAAGGCGUAUGGCAAUUGCGGCAGCGUGGACGAUGCUAGAUCGGCGUUUGCGGGCAUCCGGCAGACGAAGAACAGCCACACUUGGAACUUGCUCCUGGCCGCGUAUGCCAAGAACGGGCAUCGCGAGAAAUGCGUGGGUCUCUUCGAGCAAAUCCCAGAGAAGAACGUCAUGUCGUGGAAUUUCCUGAUCCAGGCGCACUCGAGCAAGGACGAGCUUGUAAAUGCGCGAAAGGUUCUAGAGAAAAUGCCCCACCGCAACAUGAUCUCCUUCACGAUUCUGAUAUCCUGUCACACCCAGUACGGGGAUUUGGAUCUCGCGAGAGAUUUCUUCGAUCAGAUGCCCGAAAAGGACACCGUCGCGUGGAAUUCGAUGCUCCAGGCAUACGUCCGUCACCGAGACCUUGUCUCCGCGAAAGAGAUGUUCGACGCCAUCGCUCCCAAGACCCUCGUCACGCUCACGACAAUGAUUCGCGCGUAUGCCCGGACAGGGCAUAUCGAUCAAGCCCGAGAGAUCUUUGAUACGAUCCAUCACCCUGAUGCCAUAGCCUGGAACAUCAUGAUACAGGGCUACUGCGACGCUGGCUCAAUCGAUAAAGCAAGAAUUUUGUUCCAGAUAAUGCCAGAUCCAGAUGCCUUUACUUGCAGCUUGAUGCUAUCGGGAUUUGCCGCGAUGGGGCUUGUGGAUGAUGCAAAAGCUCUCUUUGAUCGAUGGCGGCAGGAGGAUCCAGUCUCGUGGAAUUCAAUGAUCACGGCCUACGCUCACAAUGGCCGUGUUCAAGAAGCCAAAUUUCUCUUCGAUCAGCGCCCGGAUCAUCACAAGCACGUCGCGAGCUCCUGGAACGCGAUGAUCGCCGCGUAUGCCCGAAACGGGCAUCUUGUCGAGGCAGGGGGCUUGCUGGAAGCGAUGCCACCGGCGAUCCAGAACGAGAUCUCUUGGAACACCCUUCUCUGCGCAUUCGUGAGCCGCGAUAUGUUGGUUCAGGCCAAGGAUCUGUUCAAGAGAAUCCCAAUCAAGUCGGUGCUUGUCGCCAACACCAUGCUCGGGGCGUAUGCCCUCACCGGGCAGCACAUCGAGGAGGCGAUGAGCGUGUUCGCUACGAUCGAUGAUCCGGAUCCCGUGUCGUGGGCGUCGAUCGUGGGCGCCCACGCGCGAGCUGGGCAGGGAAGAGAAGCGAUUCAUCGAUUCCAGCUGACGGAUCUGGCCGGGGUGAGGCCGAUCGAGGCAGCCCUCACUGCUGUUCUUGACGCCUGCUCCUCGAUCUCCUCCUCGGGGCUGCGAUUUGGCCGCAUCAUCCACGGCGAGAUUGAGGACGAUCGAGGGCUGGCGCUGGGGAAUUCGCUGCUCAACAUGUUUGGGAAAUGCGGUGCUAGCAUCGAGGAGGCCGAGAUGGUCUUUGCAAGAAUGGCGACGAGGAACACCGUGUCGUGGAACGUGAUGCUCGCGGGCUAUGCACAAAACGGGCAUAGCUCGCAAGUUCUCGAGCUCUUCGCGGUGAUGAUCCUGGAAGGCGAGGCCCCGCCCAGCAAGAUCACUCUCGUCUCGGUCCUCUCGGCUUGCAGCCACGCCGGGCUCCUCCACGACGGCCUCGCUUGCUUCGCAUCGAUCCGCGACGACUUUGGCAUCGAUGCGCAUGAGGAUCACUACAAAUGCGUCGUGGAUCUUUUGGGCCGAUCCGGCCAGCUCGAGGCGGCCGAGAGUUUCAUCCAGAGCUUGCCGUUCAAGGCCGACAGUGGAGUGUGGACGGCGCUCUUGAGCGCUUGUAGCAGCCAAGGAAGCGUCCAUGGAGGAGCUCGAGCGGCGCUAAGCAUGGUGGAUACUGAGCCAGGGGAAUCGUCACUGCCAUACGUGAUGCUCUCCAACAUCCAUGCCACUACUAAUUGA